CAAGUAUAAUAUUUUCAAACUGUUUUGCAUGUAUAAUCUGUUGUGUUCCUUUAUAUUUAUCUUCUGCUAAUGCCUGUGUGUUUUUCACUCUAAGAUUGUGCAACCAACCCUCACUUCGUUAUCCUCAAACAGGCUGGUUUUGCUGGUGAAGAAACUCCUAGGACUGUCUUCCCAUGCGUCGUUGCACGGCCACCGCACGCCGGAAUGGAACACAAAGCUGUCUUUUCGGUGUGAAGCUCUGGCUUGGAGUGGUAUUUGCGCAUUGAAUUACCCUGUGAUCAACAUGAUUUCAUUACCAAAUGGGAUGACAUCGAACAAAUCUGGUAUCACACUUGCCAUAACGAGUUUCAUGUCGAUUCCCAAAAACAUCCCGUGCUCCUCACCGAAGCACCGCACAAUUCCAAGUCCAAAAGGCAGAAAAUGGCCGAGAUAAUGUUCGAGAAAUUUAAGAUUCCGGCCAUGUAUUCCGGCGGUGAUAUCGCUUCAUGCUGCCAAGCGUACUACAGUGACUUCAGAAAACUUGCCCCCGGUGUGGGUGAUGGAAUCAUUAAGGAACUUUCAGCUCUUAUGCCGAGUGAUAUUGAGAUUAAGGUUGUCCCACCACCGGAAAAACAUUAUCGUGCAUCAGUUUUGGCUUCUCAUAGAACAUUACCUCAGGUAUUAUAUAUAUAGUUUAAGGGUAAAUUACUCCAAAGUUCACUAAACUAUUAGUAAGUUUACAUUUUAGUCACCUAAUUUUAAAAAGUUACAAAAUGAUCAUCGCAUUAUUCAAAAGUUUUUAUUUAAGUCACCGGAUUGUUAAAAUUACUACUAUAUGACCUUCCAUGUUUGCAUUGCUUCUACCAAUCAAAAGCUUUUCUUCUACAACUCAAAAUCCAAACAAUUUUCUUCUUUAAUCUUUGACACUGAACCGUCUAAUCGACCUGGAACUAAGGUACAUUUUUUUACUCAUCGAUGAUCGAUGAUUGCUUGGAGCUUGCCAGGUGAGCUUUUUAAAAAAAAAAUUAACAGUCUAAUGACUUAAAUAAAAACUUACAAAAUGUCACUGGUAAUUAAGGUGUUUUUAUUUUUUAUUUUUGACUAACGAGCUCUAAGUAACGAUUCAACAAUCAAUAUAGUGGAUUAGUACCCAUCAAUGAGUAAAAAAUACAUACCUUAGAUCCAAGUUGAUUUGAUGGUCAAUGUCGGAGAUUAGAGAAGAAAAUUAUUGGGAUUUUUAUUUAGUAGAUUCGUGAUGUUUAAAGUUAUUUUAUAAAAAAAAAUUGAACUGCAAAAGGUAGGAGAAAAAAAUUUUCAAUUGGUGCAGAUGGUGCGAAUAGAGAAAGUCAUACAACAGUGAUUUUAACAGCCUUGUGACUUAAAAUGAAAGUUUUGGAAUAGUUUAGUGACAAUUUUUCUAACGUUUUGAAGUUAAGUGACUAACAUAUAAACUUACUAGUAAUUUAGUAACUUUAAAUACAAUUUGCCCUAAUUUUUUUAAUACUAGUUUCGGCUUUGGAAUAGUGAAAUUUUCACUUUGGUCAUACGGUAGCCCCUUCAUUUUUGUUAAAACAAUUGACUUAAUACUUAUUUUGGUCCUUUUAGUACAGUGAAA